AUUCAGUUUGAUGUCAGGGGAGGACUGGAGAGCAAUUAAAAUGGCAGCCUUAGCGUUUCCAGAAUCAUUAAAGAACAUCAGUCAAGCCGAGGAUUGAGCUGAGCCGGAGCCGGCGGAGCGCAUUUCCUUUGCUAUCUUCUCUACGGUCGUCCAUGGCGGCGGCUCUGGAAUGCUGGUCGAGCCGAGCCAGCACGGAUGAGGAUAUGGUGGAGCAAGUUCUGAUGCGAACACACGACAGAUCCGAGUGCCCGCCGGAGAUGAAUCCUUCCCCUUCCUCUGCCUCGGCCUCCGCCGCGGCGGCUCUUCGGGAGUCUUCUGCCUUCCAGAAGCGAUUCCAGAGGCUGACCCGGAAUGUGUCGGAGGCUAUUGCCUCCCUCAAAAACACCUUGAAUCUCGACUCCGCUCGCGAGCCGCCGACCUCCGCUUCCUCGAGCUGCCGGAGACACGUGUGGGGCGGAGUUGUACGGAGCUUGACGCAGUUGUACCCUGGAAGCCAGCUUCCUGAGAAAUUGGUGUCCAAUCUUCGGAAGCAUUACGAUUCGUUACCUCUCAGCUAUGCUCAAGCGGGGUUUGAGAUGAAAGACGUGUUCCUACAUAUAAAGCUGAUAGAGCAAGCAUCUGCGGAGGAUCACCCCGCAUUUAUGAUCCAGGAAAUGUCUGAUGAUGAUGAAGCGAAUAGCAAUGGCGCUUUGUUUAAGCUUACAUUUGCUUGUAACUCCGUCGUUUCGUGGCCAGCCAUGUCCGGGGCACUCGAUAGCUCAUCGAUUUGCUGUAAGAAGUUACAGAUCUUUGAGAAGAAGGGUUUCACUCUGGGAAUUGUCAUGCUGUUGGUCGAAUCCGGCCAGGAGAAGAUGUUCAAAUCCCGGAUCGAGAAUGCCCUUAAAUUGGCCUUAAAGAAGCCGAGAAAUAACCCCAUUAAGCUCCCUUUCGGGCUUUGUGGUUGCCAAGAGGAGGCCACUAGAGCAAGGGAUCUUGGCGACAUCGAAGACGACAGUGGUGACCAAACUUAUAUAGAGAGUUCAGAUUCAAAACUACAGUUAAAAUUGCCUCUGCCCGAGGAUUCCAUCGUGGUGUCUGUGGAUGAGUGGCAGACUGUGGUUUCUGGAAAAGAUGAGAUUGGGAAAUGGCUGCUGAACUACGAUGCUGUCGAGAUUUCGGAUCAGAUUGGACCCAAUACGUUCAAGGGUGCAUACAAGGGCAAGAAAGUUAUGAUUGAGAAGCUCAAAGGAUGUGACAAGGGCAAUAAGUAUGAGUUUGAGGUACGGAAAUAUUUACUUGAGUUGAUGACAUGUGGGCACAAAAAUAUCUUGCAGUUCCAUGGAGUGUACGUCGAUGAGAAUCACGGGUUGUGCAUAGUCACUAAAUUGAUGGAUGGUGGAUCUGUCCAAGAAUUAAUACUCAAGAGUAAGAAGCUCUCGAUGAAGGAGGUUUUGAGGAUUGUCACGGAUGUUGCUGCAGGAGUUAAGUUCAUGAAUGAUCAUGGAAUUGCUUACAGGGACUUGAAUACACAGAGGAUCUUAUUGGAGAAGCGCGGAAAUGCUUGCUUGGGCGAUAUGGGAAUAGUUUCUACUUGUAACAAUGGCAGUGAGGCUACGGAGUAUGAAACUGAUGGCUAUAGGUGGCUUGCUCCCGAGAUCAUUUCAGGUGAUCCAGAAAACGUCACGGAGACAUGGAUGAGCAAUGCAUAUAGUUUCGGUAUGAUAAUAUGGGAGAUGGUGACCGGCGAGAUCGCGUAUUCUGCCUAUUCACCGGUGCAGGCAGCAGUCGGAAUCGCAGCCUGUGGGCUCAGACCUGAAAUUCCCGAGAACUGCCCGCAGAUCCUGCGGUCACUCAUGGCAAAAUGCUGGAACAACACCCCGUCUAAACGUCCGCAGUUCGCGGAGAUCGUUUCAACCCUAUCGCGCGUCAACAACAGCAUAAAUAAACAGUGAGGCCCCAGAGACAAUAACAAAAAUGCACGUGCUUCUUGCCCCGAGAUUCUCAUCGAAUAAACAUACACACGGCGCAAGAACUUGUGCUUCGCCUAGGCCAUAUAACAUCUGGCGCAUAUAGAUAUACAUGUAUAUGUAUAUAAUCGGGUACGGUUAGAGUAGGGGAAUUGGAAAAGGCGCGAUGUUGUACUAGUAUGAAUGUGUUGGAAUGCUGCUCGGUGCGAGCAAAAGUAGUCGAGCAGGUGGGCCGACGUGCCGACCGGCCGGCCGGCACAUUUGGUGUUCUAGGUAAGGGAUUAUAUUACAUCAUGUGUAUCGGCUUUUGGCUUCAAUGUCUUGAUUGUGGGUAUGUGUUGGGGCCCUAUUGCUUCUUGUUUUGGUUCCUUUAAUUCUUACCUAUCCUAUCCUAUCCGAUGAUCAUCAAUAAUGAGCCCUUUUGUCCCUUUAAGACUACUUUAUGUCACGUUUGGUUUUAACUUUAA